AUGAUCAAAGUCUUCUCCUCCCUUCGCUCAACCUACCGCGCGGUCAGUGUGGCGAUUGAUGGCGAAGAUAUUUCCAAUGAUAUGCGACGCAGUCUUGAACUUGUGCGCACAUGUAACCAAGACCUACAGGAGCUCAUUAGGCUCCGCCAUGAGCAUCUCCAUUUGCUCGAGAAACAGCCUCAGACUCUUGAGCGUCUCAACUCAAUCAUCGAAAAAGUACACAAGGGACUGCUCGACGCUUCUCGCCUUGUGGAGAAAUAUCGACCAGGUCUACACUCUGGUAAAAGAUCACUACACACCCAGAUAGCGUGGGCCCAUCGGGACUCUCAAGAAUUCCAGGCCUUGGGGCCAACAAUGAGUCAGCACAAUGCAACAAUUCUAGCAGAGAUUAGCUUCCUCAGAAGUCUGACCAUCAUCACCACGCAAAGCGAACCCGAGGAAGCCAAAGAGAUUGGGAUUCUUGCCUCAGAUGACAAGACACUAUUUAAUAACUUGGAGCUUCUAGAAGACUUCUUGGGCGAUGUAUCAGGUUCUCGGGGUAUACCUCACGCAUCACCACCAGCACCGCUACCGCCACUUGCCAUGAAAGUUGAUGCGAGAGCAAGCAUGCCCAAUCUACAUAUCAAUGAGGAGUAUUGUGACCUACCGGAGCCUGUUAUUCCAAAUAUAAUUCCCUAUCAGCAACCACUCGCUAGUCUAUUGGUGUCGCAGCAAGCGUCAACUCUCCGAACACAAAGUGGGCAGACGCACGAAGAUAGUAACCAGUGUAACAGCCGGGUUGUCUUGAACGAAGCCGAUCACUCUGGACUAACUCUUUUAUUCGGUGAUGAGCUGGAUCUAAACUUAGAAGUGUCGUCCAAGAUUCAGCCUGAACACUCUCGAGCACAGUCAAGCGACUCGAUGCAUAGAGCCUCCAUACCAUCGUUUUCGCAAUCCUCAGUAAACGGGGAGACUGUUAAUUCUACUCCAUUGACAAACUAUUCUCUUACCUCCAGACCAUCUACUUUGUCUGUUAGCUCUCUGGGAACGUUCAAAUCGCAGAGUCCCGAGCUUUCUAUGAGUCGGCCGCAUUUAUUUUCGUUCCCGCCAACGCCGCCCAGCAAUAUAUCGCAAUUGGUUCCACGAUCCACAACCGCUUCAGCAUCAGAAACUCAGCAAGAUACCCGGUCAAGGCCGCGAGCCAUGUCAUUCGCGGAGCGCUAUGCGAAUGUGGCCGAUCAUUCAGGCCAUUCAGGCCAGAAGAGCGAGCGAUACCGUCCAUGGCGACCUUACAAAAAUGAGAAUGUCUAUGAACUUCAGGGAUCGGAAAUGUGUUUAGAGGAGCAUCCGUUUGCUCAAUCCACUGCUUCAUUAUCACAUAGAUCAACUACUUAG